AUGGCUGGAAGAAAUCGUAUCCCUCAUGAAGCCUUUGAUCACCGGCGUGGUUUUCCCUCAGAAGUGCUCGUUGCCCGGGGUCCUUUGCCCCGGUCAAUGCAUCCUCACCCUGCGCUAUUAGAGGAAGAACUUGAAAUGCGACACGUUGAACUUCACCAGCUUCUAGGAGAAAACAGGAGACUGGUUGUAGAUCGAAUUGCUCUAGAAAGAGAACUAGGUGCUGCGAAGGAAGAAAUUCGCCACAUGAAUCUUGUCAUUGCUGAUAUUCGUGGUCAACAAGAAGUUCAAUCUAGGGAGCUUAUUGAACGUGUUAUGAAGCUGGAAGCUGAUCUUCGUGCAACUGAGCCUCUGAAAAAGGACUUCAUGCAACUUCGAACUGAAUUUCAGAGGCUGAACUCCCUUAGGCAAGAUUUAUCUGGGCAGGUCCAGACCCUGAAACAAGACCUAGCAAAAUUGCAGGCUGAUAACCAGCAAAUUCCUCUUUUAAGGGCUGAGAUCGAUGGGCUGGGUCAGGAAAUUCUGCAUGCUAGAAGUGCCAUUGAUUAUGAAAAGAAUGCACAUAUUGAGCUAAUGGAUCAGAGACAAGCAUUAGAAAAGAACUUGGUGAGUAUGGCACGUGAAGCUGAAAACCUACGUUCUGAGAUUGCAAGUUCCGAUGGUAGAGCAUGGGGUGCAGGCGGACCUUAUGGGAAGAAGUUUAGCAGUUCUGAUGCCAGUUUUCCUAUGCAUUAUAGCGAUGGAUAUGGGAUUCAUCCGGGUGCUGCAGAUAAGGGUAUCCUGUAUGGUUCGGGUUCUGCUUCCUGGGGAGGCCUUGAAAAACCAUGGAUGGAUCGUCGUUGA